AUGAUAAUAUAUAGUUUAUUUUACAACGAGAAUCCCGAUUUGUUCCUCCACAAAGUUCGUUCCAGAGAUAAAUCCAACAAUGGGAAUGACAGGGAGAAGGAUAAGAAACGCAAACGCUCCGACUCAGUCUGCCGCAGAAUAGGACAUGAACCUCGGCCGGCUACUCAGCAGGUCACGGGUGCCUGGCUCGCGGCUAGAGGCGAUGGUUCUACCACCAUGCCCAAAGUCGACGCUAGCUCUAUGGCCUCGAUGCUUUCUGCUCUCCGUUCUAUGCAUGUUGAUCGAUUGCUCCCGCUCCACGUUUUCCAGAACAACAAUUGGGUGAGCCGGCUAAUCGCGGGCAUAAAGGCUUUGCAGCCUCACAUGGAGAAGACACAGGCUCUUCCUCUCACAGCCAACCUCCUACACAAAGCUAUCGGUGUCCCUCACUGUGAGCAAGGAACAGAUAACUUGAAUCUUUCGGUAGCACUUAUUGUUAGCGAGCAAACACUCGUAAUUCACACUCGUAAUUUCAUCAACACAAAGCUCACCCGUCGACACAUUUCAUUUGCAUCGAAUGAGCAAUAUGCUAUUCUGCACGUCAAGAGGAGCAAGACCGACACGGAAUUCAAGGGAGUGGAUAUCUGUCUAGCCGCUACUAAUGAUGGCAUAUGCCCGGUCUCUGCUUUGCAUUCUAUGCGCUCCAGACUGAUCGAGGCCUUCAUCCCGGAUGGAGAGAAAUUCACGGGCCACAGCCUCCGCCGUGGGGCUGCUCAAACUGCUUCUGAUUUGGGAAUCGGCUCGGAGGACAUAAAGGCCCUAGGCCGUUGGACCUCUCAGUGGCUCCGCCUUUACUUCACUACAAACGCUUCUCAACGCCUAGCUCUUAGCCAGCGUUUUUUGACCGGUGUUCCACCCCACUCAUAG